AUGGAGUCCUCCGCCGCGGGCGGCGACCCGCGCCCGUCGCCGUCCGGGGGCGCCUCCCCUCCGCCCCCGCCCCCGCCCCCGCCUCCCCGCGGGUGGCUCGCGGGCCUCGUCUCCGGCGCCGGCCGCCUCCUCGCCUCCGUGCUCGGCCCCGACCCCACCUCCUCCUCCCCGCGGGGCUCCGCCUCCGCCGCGUCGGGCGGGUCCGCCUCCUCCUCCCCGACCUCGCUCCGGCCUCCCCGCGCCCGCCGCGAGGGCCUCCACGGCGGCGCCGACGCUGAUUUUGAUGAUUCUAUGCGUGUUCCAUCGAAAAAUAACAUGUUAAACCAGAGUGGGAAGGAGACUGUCCUGAAAGACUAUACGCAGGGAUCCCUAGCAAUUGUAUCAGAAAUUGAGCCAAAAGAUGCCAUAAUGCAGUUGCUUAUGCAGGAAACCUACUCAAGGUCUGAGUGCAGUACACUAAUAAAGAUAAUUCAAGAUCGGGUUGUGGAUCCAGAUUCAGGUGGAAUUGCUGAUGGUGAGAUUGCUCUUCCGAUCAGUUGGAAGGCUGACAAACAACCAACCCUUGGAUAUUCUUCAUUUAGUCCAAAUGUGUCCUCACCUUCAACAUCAAGCUUUCAAAUCCAUGGCCAUGGUGUUGAUAAUAGUGCUGCUGCCGACACAGUUCCAAUAUUAACUCCUGCCAGUCGUAGCCUUUUCAAUGAUCAAGCUGACAAUAUUCAGUCUGCUUUCAAACGAAGAUACUCUGUUGUGCGGGAUACUCCCGAGGACCUUCGAAGAGUCAGGACAAAGCCUGAUGGAAAUCCGAUACACAUCACAAAAUUUAAGAAAGUUGAUGUUGUUAGAAAUCGUCCAGGAGAAGCCAAUAAGCUGUUAUCAGAUGUUUCCCUUCUUGGGGCAAACAACUUGGCACAUUCUAAGAGUGUCUCGAAAGUUGAAAGAGCUAAUGAAAAGUUGGAUGUCCCAAGCAAACCUCCGGCAGUGCCAAAUAAGGAUCUGAAGAACGGCCUUCCUUUGAAGGUGGAAACUUUGGAUGGUCUUAUUCCUCUUGAGCAGAAGAUGAUGGACUUGUCGCACCAAAAGCAUAAGGAUGCUGCAUAUGAUGAUUCAGGUUCUGUUUCAAAAUUAAUGUUCAUGGGGGAUAUUGAGGCCACACCUAGCUUGCAGCUACAAAACGGGUCCAAGAACCGCAGAAGAAAACAAUCCAACUCUCCGAGGACAACCCCGAGAACCACGGACUCGCCCGCCAUGGUUACGCGCCGCAGAAUCAGCGACGCCACGGUCAAAGCAGAGAUCGACCUGCUAGAGCACACGACGCCGGUAACGAUCGACAAGGAAGAUCCAGACUAUGUCCCGGAGAGGAGGCCUCUGGGGAGGCCGAGGAAGGCGAGGUGAACGCGAGGCGACUUGUCCUGGAUCCUGUUCAUGGGCUUGCCGCCGCGCGUCUGGAGGUGAAAGGAUUCGGGAAAUCUGCGGUAUGGGAGGAUGAUGAACUGACAGGCCACAACACUGCCAUGGAAUUAUUGCAAUGCUUUUAGUCUUGUAGAGACAUGCGUGUUGGACAUGCGUGAUUAGGUGCCUGCCAUGUCACUAGUAUAACCAAGUGGUUUAGUAAACUAAUUCUGCUACAUACGUACAUCAUGGCAUGGCCUAGGGUGCGCUGUAAAUCGUAGGAAUUCAGUUCCAUGUUAUUCUUGUGUGAAAGACUCGCUUGGUUCAGUUC